UUGUGAUGAUAUGUUUCCGGAUGGUCAAGAGACAUUACCUAAAUCUUCACAUUUUGAUACACCAUACAGGAUAACUGCUAAAAAUUUUAAUAUAAAUAAAUACUUGAAACAGAAUACAAGUGAAUUCAACCAAGAAUAUGAAAGAUGUAUGAAAAAUAGUAUAAAGAAAUCACAGAUAAUAGAAAAUAGUACAGAAAAUAAGUAUAAAAAAGUAGAAGUGGCAAGUAGAAGAGUGGCAGAAAGUAAUUUGCCAAAAACUAUAUGUAGUGAAAAUAAGUUAUCAACGAUAGAACAAACCGUAUCGAAGAUAACUACAAAUUCCUUUUUGUUGAAGACAACGAUACCUGAUAAACUAUCGCGACAAAUUUCAUACGUAGAUCAUCAACUUGCAAGCUCUACAAAUUUAACGUUAUCUGCAGUCCAAAACACGCAAAUUUUUAUAAAUCCCGAUACCAUUCAUUAUUAUUUUCGAGGAUACUGUUUUUCGACAUUGAGAUACUCAAAAUGCAAUCGAAUUUCGAACUGUCGUUUUAAACACAAUUUACAGGAUUUUGUUAGUGGUUUUCAAUCUGUAAACUCUGAUGGUAUAAUGUAUAUAAUAGAAUAUGCUGCUAGUUAUCAAAGAUUUUAUUUUUUCUGCCAAGAAAUAUAUAAAAUAUCAUUAGUAAAAUUAAAUAUCAAUCAGAUCUUAAAAGUAUAUAAGAUGUUUUAUGAAAUGUUUACAUUAACAAAGGAUAUUACUUGCAAUAUUAUUAAAGAAUUAUUAAAUAGAAAAAUGCCAUUAAAAACUGUUGUGGAGAGGAUUAUAAAAUCCAUCUGUUCAUUUACUGAGCCAGGUGUGUCACUCGCUAAAAUUGGAGAAAAUUAUAAAAUAUUCCAAUGUAUAGAACGGUUUAUAAAGCCUGGUGAAUAUUGGUAUAUUGCAAAAAGCAUGUUAUCGAUAUUUAUUAAACCAAAUAAGAAUAUUAUUGAGAACAUAUUACGCGACUGCAUAAAUAAUAAAAAGUUAUCUAACGUUCAAGAUAUUAACACUAUAUUAUUAAGUAAACUUCAACCUGAUAUAGUGUCACAAUUAGAUGAACACUUAAUAAUGAGUUUCAAAAGUUUAUUGACUGGAAAAGCCGCAGAGGAUACCAGCCCUGUAACAUUGGUUGAGGAUUUUGGGCAGAGUUGUAUGCAAGUGAAUAUGAUUGCUUCUCCUGAUUCAAAACAAAGUUCACAUCAAGCGGAAUCAUCGACAAGUUGUAAUAUUAUUGUUACAAACAGGAACCAGGCAAAUGAGAUUAAAUGUGAUCGAAAAGUCAAUACAAUAGAUGGCAGACCUUACAUACUGCAACCUAUCGAUGAUUUGCCGGAACCACGAUCUAUCUACAGAAAUCAUAAAAAUCUAUGGAAAUUCUAUCUGGACUUAAAAAUAGUUAAACGGGGACUUGUACAUGAAGAUUAUGAUUAUAUUAUUCAAGUUCUAAAACGUUACACACAAAAAGAGGAUGCAAACUACUUCAUUCACUCAUGUUGUAACAUGAUUCGAACCGAGAUAAAGCGUUCCGAUCACCAUUUAAAAAACAUAAUACAACGAACAGUCCAAACUGGUACCUUUGCUGUUCUGCGUAAAAUAUUAUUUGACAUAGGAGUAAACAUAUUGGUCGCUUUAAUGGACGAAGAGGCUUGGAGACCUGCACUUCACCUUGUCGAAUCACUUAAAAUAUGUGAUUUACCAUCUAGCGCGGAGUUCAUUAUGUUAUCGGCUGAGAUUUAUUUAACUAACAAGAAAACUUUAAAGGCACUCGAUUUAUUCAAAAACAAAAACAUUAUAUGCACAAGCCGUGCCAAGUGGCGUGUUGCAAGCACUGUUCACGAUGAAUAUGUAAGAAACAAAUUAAUAUAUAUUCUAUUGGAUUCACUUUGUAAUGGCUUAAUUGACCAUGCCUUCUACCUUUUUACAUUUUUACUUAAAGAUCAAUCCAGCCAGUUUUAUCCAAUAGAUUUGUCUCGUUACGUGGACAAGUUGAUCGUGCUACUUUUAUCGAAAAAUGAGAUUGCCUUAAUUACGGAAAUGGCAAAUUUGAUACUUAAAUAUAAUUUUCCGUUGAUUAUGAAAACAUGUCGUGCAUUGAUUACAACUUUAAUACAUGUAGACGAAAAAUUAGCCAUGCAGUUGUUUUAUUACGCAGAAAGCAUAGGUUUCUAUUCGACACUGAAGCUGUGGCCAGUACCGCAUAUUAUUAUAAAUAAUAACUUAACGGAAGAAGAAAUAUAUUUUGUAAUUUUACAAAUGCUACAAAAGCUCAAAAUAAAUUUUGGACAUACGAUCGAACAUAUUAAGUCGCCACGGAUCGUGGUGUAUCUUAUCUUUGAGGUGAAUUUGACGAAACAGUUUUACUCCGCCACGCAACAGAACUUUAACAGUAAAGCAAUUCAAAAUAUCAAGACAUUAGUAAGAAGUGUUUUGAAAAAACGAUUUGAUCCACCUAUGGUAUUAAUAUCACAUGCUAAAGAAAAAAUAUGUAGAUUACAAAUCAAAAGUCUUAUAAAUUAUCUGAAGUCAGAACAUUGCAAUUAAUUAUAAUUAUUCGUCACUCUUAAGAAAAAAAUGAUACUUCAAGCACUUUAAAUAUAGGAUAUUUCUAUUAUUGCAUUUUAUCGCUGUCUCUCUUUCAACAAUGUAGAAAAAUUUACUUUGUUUAUAUUGUACAUGCUACACAUAAUUUUAUUUUUUGAACAAGCAUUAAAGAUAGACACGAUGGUUACAAUCGGAGCAAUUUAUAACUAUAAAUUUUGAUAUACAUGCUAGUUUUUUUUUUACAUAUUAUUUUUGGAGUUCGAGUUUAAUUUUUCUAUUUUUCUUUUAUGUAUACAUAUUGUAACUUUUAUAUCUUUUUGUUUUACGUGCUUAUACCGCAUUAAGUUGCAUUAAGUUGUGAUUAAUUUGUAUGUAUUAUUGGCAUAUACUUUUAUUAAUUUUUUUUUUUCUUUAUAUACAUUCUCUUUCUCUCUCUCUCUCUCUUUCUCUUAUAUAUAUUUCUGUCAACUUUAUUAACUAUUUUAUCAUACAGAGAUGUAAAUAUAUCAUGGUAUCAUAUAUUAAACAAUUUUAUAUAUGAACUUGGAUUCAAAAGUUAUGUUUUAUUCUGUAGGAAAGAAAUUGUAUUAGAUAUGCAUAACCAGCAGAUACACACCGAGUGCUUAAGAAGUAAAAAUUGUUAACUAAAUUUUUGCACA